GAAAUGUCAGCACCCAGUUCAAUCAAGGAGACCAAUGCACCCGCCGAUGCCCGCUAUGAGUGCCAGGACUGCAACCGAGGCUUCUCCUCCUCAUCGAAGCUGCAAUCGCACUGCUCCAAGCACAUGAGCGUCUUGCGCACGCGCUUCGGCAGUGUUGUGCUGGAUUUCCAAGUUACCAGCUCUAACCAUGUGCUUUGUCGGUGCGGCGACAUGUACGAUGCCGAGGCGUUUAUGCUAAACCAUAAACACAGGUGCCUGCCGUGCAUCGAGGAGGCUGCCAGUAUGCGGCUGCGGUCGGAGUCUGCUCAAAGAGCUGUUGCUGAAAAGAAGGAUUUGUCGGUUGAUGUGAGUGUAGCCCUUCCGCCUUCUAGCCCCGCACCCCCUGCUGUCCAGAUUCGUGUUUUGAGACCCAGAUCAGGUGCGAUAAGCAGAGAAAAUCCACUAAAGAAGAUUGGGCUACUUGUACACGAAUCCACUGGUCUCCUCAUAUGUCUUUUCUGCCAAAGGGUUCUCACUGCUCAAGACAUACGGCGGCAUUACGAGUCUGGUAGAAAGUACGCAUUGGGAAAGCCCCAUCCCAAGCCAGAUCGUGAAGACAUCAAUGCUGCUUUCCACUAUCUUCGGGCAAACCCUAUAAAGGUGAACACCAUUGCGAAAGCUAAGAAAUGGGUGGGCAGCCUCAGAGGGAAGGCUAUCCCAAGGGUGGCCUUCUUGCCCGUGUACGCGGUUAAUAAGUGCGGCGUUUGCGGGUAUAUUUCUGAUGACAAGGGCACAAUGAGCAGCCACAUAAACAGCAACCACAGGGGAUACUCUCAAUCACAGGUAUGGACCACUGCUCUUGCGCAGAAGCUAUUCUCGCAAAUGAUAGCAAAAUAUAUCGAGGUUUGCGAUCAUUAAGCAGCAGGUCGCUCGUCACCACAUAUCGGUUGAAAUGAAGCAACGCUCAGCCAUUCAGAUAAAAGAAUUCCUCGGUUAGUAGCAAGUGGAAAUGGCAUUUUCGAGCUCAGUUUCCU